GUUGAGUAGCAAAGAGGAGGCCUCUCCAUAGGCCUAUUAUUUAGUAUAAUUAUACUCCUACAAUCUCGUCAUUGAACGUUCUUAAAAUUAGGGUGAGCGAGUUACCUUUUGCUUACCUAAAGCCAUCAACUGGUGCACUUCCAAAUGAGCUCUGAAGCAUUCCGUGAUUCUACAUCGAACUCAUCUCCGCUGCCUCUGCCGCCGCCGCAGAUUGCCAGCUUCCCCAUUCUCGCCAUAUCAGUCGCUGGAAUCCUGGCCACCUCCAUCCUCCUCCUGAUCUGCUACGUCUUCGUCAUAAAAUGCUCCCUUAACGAGCACCACUUCCACCGCCGCCGCCGGGGACACGGCCACUCAACCUCCCUUUCACCUGCCGCCGAUCAACUCGGGGUCGCCGAAUCCACCAUACGCGAAAUCCCGACGCUUCGCUACCGACAGCAAAGGGUCGGCGCGGCAGAGUGCGCCGUCUGCCUCAGCGAGUUCCAGGAACAGGAGAGGAUCAAGCUGCUUCCGAACUGCCGCCAUUUCUUCCACAUAGAUUGCAUUGACACAUGGCUUCAAUCCAACGCCAAUUGCCCGCUCUGCAGGGGAAGCAUCGUGGCUCCGAUUCCACUCCAUCCUCUCGCCUUGACAUUGGCUCUGCAACUGGGUCAUCCUCAUGACGUGGUUCUACAAAUAAGAGAUGAAGAAAGAAAGAUCGAGUUUUCAGGGAGCAGAGGAGAUGAAUGCAUUGAUGCGGGGAAGAAGGAGGAGAAGCUCCGCUUGCAACCCUUGAGGAGGUCCUUCUCUGCGGAUUCUUCCGGGGACAUGCUGCUUCACGUGGCACUGCAGAGGAUCUUGCAGAAAAGCUCGAACGAGGAGAGCAGCUUCGGCGGCGGAAGAUCCCGGUGAUCUUUGUCGUCGUUUGGCCGGAGCUCGCGCCGUUGUGCUCUUCCUCUGCAAGUGGAGUUAUUUCAGAGGUUUUGGAACAGGGUUUGAGCGGUAGUUUAUGUGAAUUGAAAAUGAAGAAUUGGAAAUCUUCUACGUUCAAUCUACCAACAAAACUCAGCUCAUAAUUUCUACUUUUUCCUUGUUAAGUAAUUUGAAAAUUUUCUUGUUGUAAAA